GAAUCAUUGGCAAGAAGCACGUUGGGCCAGAGGCUGUAUAUCCCUUUGACUUUGCCUACACUGAGGAAAACAGUUCUGUCCUGCAAGUGGGCAGAAACAUCACCCGAAUCAAAUUGCUUGUUCGGAAAUUCCUCCAGAGUGUGGAUGAAAAACCUUUUUUCCUUUAUGUGGCUUUCCAUGAUCCCCAUCGUUGUGGUCAUUCCCAGCCACAGUAUGGAGUCUUCUGUGAGAAAUUUGGCAAUGGGGAGCCUGGAAUGGGCUGGAUCCCAGAUUGGAAACCUGAGUUCUACCAUCCAGAUCAAGUGCAGGUCCCUUAUUUUGUACAAGACACCCCAGCUGCUCGUGAGGAUUUGGCAGCUCAAUACACAACUAUUGGGCGCAUGGAUCAAGGCCUUGGUCUUGUCCUGGAGGAACUCCACCAUGCAGGCUUCCACAACAGCACUCUUGUGAUCUAUACUUCAGACAACGGCAUCCCCUUUCCCAGUGGCAGAACCAACCUGUACUGGCCAGGCACAGCUGAGCCCCUCCUGAUCUCAUCUCCUGAGCAUCCUUCGCGUUGGGGCCAAGUCAGCAGUGCCUACAUCAGCCUCCUGGAUAUCACUCCCACCAUUCUGGACUGGUUUUCUGUGCCAUAUCCCAGGUACAGCCUGUUUGGGAAGCAGAUAGUGCAGCUCACCGGGAAGUCUCUGCUUCCGGCAUUAUCACUGGAACCAAAAUGGAGAACUGUGUUUGCCAGUCAGAGCCUGCAUGAGGUGACCAUGCACUAUCCCAUGCGAGCUGUGCAGCAUGGCUCCCUGCAUUACAUUCACAAUCUACAGAACCGAACCUCCUUUCCCAUUGAUCAGGAUUUCUAUGUUUCACCCACAUUCCAGGACCUGCUGAACAGAACUCAAGCAGGGCAACCUACUCAUUGGAAUAAGACCUUGCGUAGCUACUAUUAUCGGGAUCGCUGGGAACUGUACGAUCACAGCACCGAUCCUACUGAAAGCCACAAUGUGGCUUCUGAUCCACGCUAUGCACACGCUCUUGAAGAGCUGCAGGGGCUGCUGUUGAAGUGGCAGUGGGAGACCAGUGACCCCUGGGUAUGUGCUCCUGAUGGUGUCUUGGAGGAUAAGCCUGUCCCCAGGUGUUGCCCACUCCAUAAUGAGCUGUGAUUUUCUUGUUGCCUUCCUGUUUUGGUGGCAGUUACUCAGCCGUCUGCAACAGGAAAAGAUUUGCAACUCAAGCUGGUGCUGAUGCAACAAUUGCACUUUGCAGAAUUAAAUAAUAUUGAAGUUGCACCUGAGAGAAGAAUUGGAGUAAAACGCAAGGAAGUGUUUGCCCUCCACACAAGAAUGAAAUGAAGUUUUUUUAACAUUUGCUGCCAUAAGAACGCCACAAGCAUCUUCCAGAUGGAAGGCCACACUUGCCAUCCUUCCCUGUAAGAAUGGAUAAUGGCCAGACACUCUGAAAAUGAUGGAGAGUUGUAGUCCAGAUUAAAAUAACUGGAGAAGCCCAGUUUAAGAGAUGAGUUGAUCACUACUAUAAGUGUCCUCACCCUAAUUGUGGUAUCACAAAAAUACAGUUGGGCUGGUCCCAUAUCAGUUGUUACACAUAGGGCAAGGAUAGAAACUGCCCAAGUUUAAAAACAGUUGAAAGAGUAGAGAUGAACAUUUAUCUUUAGAUUCUGUAGCCUGCACAUUUCAUUAUUCUACCACAGAAUACUGAGAUGACUAGAAACAGCUUUUGGUUUGCCUGCAGGGGUGGUAUAGAUCUGCAAAGCAGUUGCUCCAAUUUAAAACUAGUUCUCCAAAAUAUGCAUUAUACGGCUAAAGCCUACUUUUAUACAAUAAAGAAAUGAAAUGAU